AAUUAUAUAUUUUAUACACGUGUGUUUUUUAAUUUUAUAUUCAUUUAUAUAUUUGUUUUUUAAAAAUAUAGAUAUACUAUGGAGUUAAAAUCAAGAACAGAGGAUUUAGUUCGAAAGACUAUAUCUAAAAUUGUACAAUCUGUUUUACUUUCAAGAAUUGAAAUAACAAGCUCUAAAAGGAUAAAUAAAAGUUUUCAUUUAGAGGCAGAGGAAUCGGAACAAAUUCAAAAAACUUUAGAAUCAGCAAUAUUUAACCCUCAAAAUGGUUUUAAAAAUUUAUUUGUUUUAGAAAUACAUUUUGACGAAAAUCAAGGUUUAGGUAUUAACACAAUAGUCGAAUCAUGGAGAAUUGUUUUUGAACCAUUCAGAGACAUUGACGAUAAAAUUGAGUUACCAAAAUUUUAUAGAAAUGUUAUUAUUUUAGUAAGAACUGUUUAUGCAAUGUUAAGAAAUAUACCAUGUUAUUCUUUGUAUAGAAAUUUUUCAAAAAAUAGAUCAUCGACAUGUUCAAUGAAAUAUCAAAUUAGAAUUUGUGAUAUGCAAACCAUUUCAGCUCCAUUAUUUCCAUUAUCAACAAGCAUUAAAAGUUUUCAAUUUACUACAAUUGCAUCACCUUUGGGAAAUUUAAAAAUUGAUUUAGUUUAUAAAGAAAAUUUAUCUAGAGAAAUUUCAAUUAGUUCACAAAUUGGAUUGGAAUCGCAAUUUAUUAUUAAAGACUAUAACAAUACAUCGAAUAAUAUAACAAUUGGAAAUAAAAAUAAUAAUAAUAAUAAUAACAAUAAUAAUAGUAAUAAUAAUAAUAAUAGCAUGAAUAACUACGAAUAUGUUUCAGACUCAUUAUCAUCCUCAUUACAUAAAGAGCUAUAUGGGUCAUCAAUACCACAUCCAUCAAGAAUGAAUUCAUUACAGGAUUUAUUAAAUCAAAAUCAAAAUCAAAACCAAAACCAAAACCAAAAACAACCAUAUCAACAACAAAAUUUAUAUCCAAAAAUAUCUCCAUAUGACGAUAAUUUGGUUUUUAAUAAUAUAAAUAAUAAUAUGAAUAAUAAUAGUAAUAAUAAUAGUUUUCAAUAUAGUAAUCCUAUUGGUAUACCAGGUAGUCAAAAUGAUAUAGCCCAUAGUAACCCAAUUGUAAUACCUAGUAAUAACAGCCCAAAUAGUAGUAAUAAUCAAUAUUCAAGACAACCCCAUUCACUUCCAACACAUCAAUCAAACAAACCGGGCUCAUUGUCAUCCUCACCACCCUUUUCAACCAAAACAGGAAAUUAUACAUCUGGUUCAUCACCACCAUUUGGUUCAAAUAAUAUAAAUAUAUUAAGUGGGAAUAGUGGAAGUGGUAAUGGUAGCGGACCUUUACCUAUUAAACAGGUUAAUUUUAAUAUAGCAAAUCCAAAUAAUGUACUAUCAAACUCACCAUCACCAACUUCAUAUAACCAAUCACAACAACAACAAAAAAAUAGAGUUUCAUCAGCACCAAUUGCGAUUUCAAAUCAACAGCCACCUUUUCCAAAUUUCCAAAAAUCAUCAUCAUCAGGCACAAAAAGCCCACCAUUUCAUGUCAGUAUAUCACCAUUUAAAGAGCCAUCAACAUUAGAUUUUUAUAAUAAUAAUAAUAACAAUAACAAUAGUGGCGGUAGUAAUAGUAAUAGCUUUAGUGGUGGUGGUGGCUUAGUUGGUAAUAAUAGUAGUAAUAAUUUACAACUAUUAAAUAAUAGCAGUGGUUUAGUUGGUAAUAAUAGUAGUAAUAAUUUACAGUUAUUAGGUAACAGUGGACUCUAUAAUAGCUCAUCACCAGGAUCAAUUCAUUCAUUUGGGGCAAGUGGAAUUGAAAAAUUAAAUUUAUCAAUAAAGAAUAGCAAGCUCAGUCAAAUCCAUGGUCCAUUAUCAACUUUAAGCAGCGAACAUCACCAAAAUCAAUAUCUUUUAAAUAGAGAUUCCAAAACAUUGUCACCAAGUUUCUAUGAUGAAAAUGAAAAUGAUGAUGCAGCAUUCUUAACCUCCAGUAUAACUCACUCGAAACAAAAUUCAAGCGAAACUGAAAUUGCUGAAUUUUUAAAACUUUGUAAAAUAGCACCACCUUUAAACCUCUUUAGUAAUAACGACAGAAACCUAACAUCGAAUUCUCAACACUCACUUCAAAUAGGGAACGAAAUUAUGCUUUUAAGUAAUAUAAAUUUUGUUAACAAACCUUAAAUUUAAAAAGUAAUAUUUUAAUAUAAUAAAAAUAAUAAAUAUUUACUAUUAAUAAAUAUUAACAAAACAAAUAAAAUUAUAAAUAAGAUUUAUAAACAUUCCCUAACAAUAGAAAUAAUAAUAAUAAUAAUAAUAAUAACAAUCUUUUUUUUUUUUUUUUCAUAUCUAAUAUUCUCUUUACUUUUUAAAAUUAAUAAUAAAAAAAUAAAAAAGUUUUAUUUUCUUUAAAAAUU